AUGUCCGCUCAAGACUACUCUAACACUGAGACCCUCCUUGAUCACUUCCAUAGAGAACGCCACUCUUACCCUUCUACAAUUGCAGUGGAGGAUGGCACAAAAGACACAAACCCCAUAACACGCCCCAAAAUCACUUAUGCUCAACUCGACUCUCUGUCAGAACUAUGGAGCGAACGACUGCACCUUGCUGGAGUAGGCCCCGGCUCUAUUGUUCCUCUUCUCUCCUCACGAUCCAUUUCUAUGGUUGCAGCUACUCUGGCAAUUCUUAAAUUACGCGCUGCUUAUGUACCAAUGGAUGUCCAUUCGUGGGGGAGAGAUCGAAUAGACAGUGUUCUCGGGACUGUCAGCCCGAAAGUUGUCGUAUCAACAUCGAAAACAGGAUCGGAGGUGCUAAUGAAGGGAGCUCAGAGUCAAGACCCUACUCACGGACUCGAUUAUACCGUGGUCACUCUUGAUGACAGUGUCGAUAGAGAUGCUAAAACUGGUGAGGUUACGAUCGUCAACGGGUUUCAUAAACCUAGACUGGUUGGUUCAGAAGACAAUGGCCGUGGCGACGACCUUGCUUAUAUGAUAUUUACUUCCGGAACGACAGGAAAACCAAAAGGUGUGAUGAUCGGCCAGAGGUCAAUCUCGCGCUACGUUAAAGAAGGAGGGGAACUGCCCUUUAACCUUAAUACGACUCGGGGUACGAGAGUCCUCCUCAUCUGCUCAGUUGGAUUUGACGUUUGUGCUGGAAUCAUGUUCAACGCUGUUUGCAACGGAGGAACCAUAGUUCUGGCUGACCCUCCUACCCUUGAAACGAUAGCGAAAGAAUGCUCCGUUCUACCACUCACUCCCAGUAUCCUGGCCACGCUUGAUCCUACCGCUGGGUUUGAGCGUAUAGAAAAAAUCUUCUUAGGGGGUGAAAGUCCCCCACCAGCAUUGAUAGAGGCUUGGACUUCAGAAAACCGCCGGCUGUAUAACUCUUAUGGACCUACCGAAACGACUUGUACUGCUACAAUGGCAGAGUUAAAACCUGGUGUGCCGGCCACAAUCGGCUAUCCAAUCUCCUAUAGUAAUGUCAUUCUCCUUGACAACCAAGGAAAUGAGUCUUCUUCAGAAGGAGAAAUUUUAAUUUCCGGGCUCGGGCUUGCACACGGAUAUUUUCAAGACGCCGAAAAGACCGAAAAGUUAUUUAUCAUGCGCGAUGGUAUUCGCUACUACAAGACUGGAGACUAUGGUAAAAACACCCCUUACGGGCUCCAAUUUUGUGGUCGAAGAGAUCAUAUGGUGAAGAAUCGCGGUUUUUUGAUAAAUCUUGAAGAUGUUGAAUUAGCUCUUUCAUCAUCCCCGAAAGUUGAUCGUGCUUCGGCAUUAAUGUUCCAAGGCAGGCUUUCAGCCUUUGUUGCCCCGAUAUCAGCGAAGGAAGGGUUGCGGGAAUACCUGGGGGAUACUGUUUCUACUUUCCUGGUUCCAGAUACCGUCUACUCGCUUGAUAGUUUUCCAAUGACAAGUAAUGGGAAGGUGGAUAGACGGGCUCUGGUGCAGAUUCUCGGCCAGGGGGGGUUGGCCACCGAUGGUGAGAAUGAGCAGGUUGGUGUAACUGAUCUUUCCUCUGUUGAAGCUGUGCGAAGAGGCUUUGCCCACGUUUUAAAGCUUCCUAUAUCGCAAAUUUCUGAACUCUCAUCCUUCAAAAAUCUUGGAGGUCAUUCUCUAGCUGCUGUACUGCUAGUGACAACCUUGAGAAGAAUGGAAUUCGAGAUCAGUGUUGCCGAUGUCUUGCUGCUCGACUCCGUCCAAAAGAUCGCCUCGUCUGCUAAGACUUCGCCUUCCAUCAACAGAUUACCAGAUGUUUCUUCUUCUACUUCAAAAUAUGAGAAUGAACUUGCACAACUGAGACAGGAUGUAGCAACUGCAAAAGGCUUGACCAUUGACAAUGUCUUACCUAUGACGGAUAUGCAAACGAAGAUGGCACGAGCUAGUAUCGUCACCUCAGGACUGUCUUUCAUAAAGACUUCCUUCACGUUUGACCAUGCUGGAAAAGGAAACUUUCCGUCAAUCCUUAAGGCUGCCUGGAUCCGUCUUAAUGAGCGCCAUGGUAUCCUCAGAACCACAUUUCUCUUGAGCUCUCCUCGUCCAGUUCAAAUAAUCUCUCCGUAUGCUCAACCUGAUUGGGAAGAAAUUGUGACCACCGACUCACGUUGGGAUUCUAUUUGUGAGCGCGAAGAGAUAUUAGACAUGAACGAUUUCACCAAUUUCAAUGAAGAAGAUUCCGGGUCUCUCUCACGGGUCUUGCUUGUUAUAGUUCCUAAUAACCGCACAAGGUUUAUCUGGACAGUUCACCACAGUCUAAUCGAUGGCUGGUCAAUGGCUAACCUUAUGAGUGACUUUUCUACUUGUCUGAACGAGAAUCAGCAAGCACUUCCGCCAGCACCUCAAUUCGCAGAUGUCGCACUUUCAAUGAGCCGUCUCGAGUUUGAACAAAGAGAAAAGGCUAUUUCGUUCUGGAAAGGCUAUUUGAACAGAAACCUGCCGCCCGCACGUCUCAGACUCCCAGAAUCCUCUGAUAUCAACAAUUAUAGAACAUCGACUCAAUCUCAGAGACUUACGGUCACCGUCUCGGCUAUUGAAUCCGCUGCCAAUACCUUUUCUGUGACACCAGCGACUCUGCUUUACGCAGCCUGGGGAAUAGUAAUAUCCAGAUACAGUGGCUCAGAACGUGUUAAUAUCGGUGCUGUUCUAUCAGGACGAAGCCUGCCUAUACCAGGAAUCGAGAACAUCGUUGGCCCAGUCAUCAACACACUGCCACUUCCUUUAAAUUGUUGUACUGAAGAAAGCUCCAGCGAUUCAACAUCCGGACCCCGAACCGUACAAGGUUUCCUUCAAUCUGUGUUCAAAGCUCUAUGCGAGAUUAUCGAAUUCCAGUGGUCCAGUAGCUCCCUGAUUCAGGACGCCUGUGAAAGUAAAUUCGUGGAUCUCUUCCAGACCCUUUUCGUCUUGCAGUAUGACUUUCCAGAUAACCCUUGGGGAAGCAACGCGGUCUCUGCGCCGAGAGAUCAAAAAUACGAAGAGACGACAGAGAUUCCACUUACAAUUCUCUUGGAUAGUAUGGGUGGGGUGUUCAAUGUGAAGUUUCUAUACAGACAUUCUUUUUUCGAGAACUUCAUUAUACACAAUAUGUAUAAGCAUUUUGAUAAUGUUCUCUCCGCUCUUGUUGCAACGGCUCCGGAGGAGGGACUAGAGAGUGUUAUCGGGCGGAUGCUUGGUGUUGAUGAAACCGAGACUUUAAUUGCGCAGCCUCGACCAUCACCUGAGCCUCAGUCCGACCUCUUUCAAUCUCAGUUGGGGUCUUUAGGUAGAUCUCCAAAGUGCCUAGCUGAGGCUAUUGAUAACAUAAUCCGAAACUAUCCCGAAAAUUGUGCUGUUGAAGGAUUGGAUAAAUCCCUCACAUACACGGAAUUGGAUCAAGAUACAAACAGAAUCGCUUCUCGUAUGAUAGAGCACAGUGGACCUGGCAAAGUCGUAUGUAUUAUAAGCGAUGGUAGUAUUGAAUGGCUUCUAGCCAUUGUUGCAACGAUUCGCGUUGGUGCUAUUUACUGUCCCAUUGAUCAAAAGCUUCCUGACAAGAGAAAGAGUUACAUGAUCAGCAACUCUCAAGCGUCAUUGAUUAUAUAUACAAGUUCCAAGCAAGACAGGAUUUCUGGGAGCGAGGCUAUUCCGUUCUUGGACAUUAAAACUGUUCUGUUGGAAACAGUUACAGCCCUUUCGGCAGAUGCCCGACGAAUCAGUUACCGCAGUAGCGAUGAUGUAGCUUGUUUGAUUUACACCUCAGGAAGCACAGGCUUACCAAAAGCCGUUCAAUUACAACAUAAAGGAAUUCUGAGCGUAAUAUCCGAUGGAAAAGGAAGACUGUAUUCUCGCCCAGGUCAACGUAACGCACAACUUCUGUCUCUUGGCUUUGAUUGCUGUAUCAAGGAAGUGUUCUCAACGCUCUGUUUCGGGGCAACACUCGUACUUAAAGACUUCGAAGACCCCAUUGCGCAUCUCAAGAGAGUCGACGCUACAAUGGCAACUCCAUCACUACUAGCAACAUUAGAUCCAUCCGACUACGCCAACUUAAAAGUCAUCACCGUUGCAGGAGAAGCUACUUCACAAUCUCUCAAUGAUAAAUGGGCGGUCGGCGGAAGAAUUCUAAUUAAUGGGUACGGUCCGGCGGAGUGUACUCUGAUCUGUACGACAGCUCGUCUGAACCCUGGAAAGAAGGUUUCCAUUGGCAACGCUGUACCUGGGAUGGCCUGCUAUAUCCUUGACAAGAAAAUGCGACCUGUUCCGCGUGGGGUUAGCGGUGAAAUCUUCAUGUCUGGAACUCAAGUUACGCCGGGAUAUUUAAGAAAUGAAGCAGAGACAGCGCUUCGUUUCCUUGGUAACCCGUUUUAUCCAAAUAUACCUAUGUUCAAGACUGGAGACAUUGGUCGAAGACUAGAAAAUGGAGAAAUCGAGUACAUUGGUAGAGAAGACAAUUUGGUGAAAUUGCGAGGAUUCAGAAUUGACCUGGGAGAGAUUCACAGCACGAUCUCAAGGGUGGCUUCCGCGGCUAGAAAUGUUGCUCUCGUGGUGUUUAAUGGAAGCUUAUUUGCUUUUGUUACUCCUGAGAUGUUGGAUGGUGAAAGUCUGAAGAGGGAUUUGGAAGGUCAGCUUCCUGAGUACGCUGUGCCCAGUCGAGUAAUUCCACUGGCGAAACUUCCGACUUCCACAAACCAUAAGGUUGACAGCAAAGCCUUGAGGCAACUUCUAGUUCAACGGGAAGAGGAAGUGGACAAGAAAAGUCAGGGUCAAGUGCAACUACCUAGGACCGAAACUGAGCGUGUGGUUGCGGGAAUAUGGGCAGAUGUGCUUGGUCGAGAUAUUAACUUAUACCCUAUCAGUCUGACUGAUCGUUUCUUCGAAAUUGGGGGUCACUCUUUAUUACAGAUCCAGGUUUCACAAUUUAUUGCUAAGAAAUGGGAAAUAAACUCGCCACUCAGACUAGUCACUCGGCACCAUAUUCUGCAGGAUUUGUGUCAGGCAAUAGAGAGGGUUAUCGAGGGAAAAGAUUAUGCAAAUAUUGCCUCUAGAAAGCCAAAACGCAAACCGUUCCUGGACUUUGAGCCAAUCGAACGUACUGUAUCGCUUCCACUUUCUUACCUUGAGAAGGAAAUGCUGCUCAAUCAUUUAAUCUCUAGUGGCUCACCGGCUGGGAACAUGACUUUUGUCGGAAAAGUCCGUGGUAACAUUAAUAUACAGGCUAUGGCGGAUUCUUUCCAAUACGUUACGGCAGAAACAGAGGUGUUUCGUUCCAAGUACCUUGUUGUAAAUGGCGAGCUGCAUCGAUCCCAGAUGAGAAGACUACAAGUACCUCACGUUGUUCAAACUGGGAAUAUCGAUGCUUUUAUCCAGGGAAAGUUAAACAAGUGCUUUGACCUUACUGAGGAUCCGCCUGUUGAUGUUUCCAUCAUUAUAGAGUCAUCAACGCAGGCUACAGUUGUGGUUGUAAUGUCCCAUGUCGUUGGAGAUGCAAUAACCAUGGCGAACUACCUCAAAAAAGUGUCCACGAGUUAUGAUAUGCUACAAAGCCCCAAAAACGGCAUGCAUUCCCAAGUCCAGGUAGCGAACAGCGAAAAGUUAACAUACCUCGAUUGGGCAGCGUGGGCAGAAACCACGGAGCUUGACGCAGGACUUGCAAAUUUCUGGAAGUCUUACCUUUCCAAUCUGCCAGAGCCGUUAUCUCUCGGACAGCCUAAGGCAAUUCCUACCUAUAUGGGACUUUCUAGAUCGUCGAUAUUGCCGCAAUCAUUACGCUUGGGACUGUCUCAAUUGGCCACAAGAACAUCAACCACCAUGCAUCAAAUUGUUCUAGCUGGUGUUUUCUUGUGUUUGCAAUGCAUAGAUAGAAGGGACGAUAUGCUUCUCGCGGCACCGUUUACUCACCGAAUCGAGCAAGGCACUGAAACGAUGCCUGGUCUCUUUUUAGACAGACUGAUAAUCCGUCUUCGCAGGGCUCAGGAGGACAGUUUGUCACAAUUUUUAUCUACAGUGAAAGAGAGCAGUCAGCAGUCUUUGGCACAUUUCAUUCCGUUCAAGUCGCUUCGCAAGCUGUUGGAGCUGAACCCUAGUUUAUCCAAUCCACUUUUCAAAAUCAUGGUCACGUACCAUACACAGGUGGAGAGGGGGUCUGUUCUAGAACUAAAGGGGGCUGAAGUCCAGUCCAUCCAUUGCCGCAAAGGCGGUGCCAAGUUUCCAAUAACGUUCGAGUUCACUGAGAAUGCUCACCAUGGUGUUCGCUUAGAUAUGGAAUAUGACUUGGGUUGUGUCUCGGAAGAAAUUGCGACGAGAUUGGAGUUUGCUCUGAUGUUUACUCUGCAACUGAUGGUACUCGAUAGGCCACCUGAUGAGAUCAUCAAACUUGUAUAUGAUUCUUUUCAUACUACAUCAAGACUCUCUUCUGAAGGAACAAUUCUCUUGGCUAACGGCACCCAUACAGCCUCUGAGGGUAAAGAGAGAACUUUACGUCCAGUUGAACAUACAGCUAAACUCAUCCAAGAGGCAAUUAGCGAAUGUCUAGGGCUUAAUGAAGGCGGGGUGAAAGAUCAGCUGUCAUUCUGGGAGCUCGGUGCUCAAAGUACAGACGCAGUCAGGUUACAGUGGCUAUGUAAGAAACAGGGGGUGGAUGUCAGUCUUCGGGAUAUUUUUGUUAUUGGGACUGCUUUAGAACUAGCAAAACGUGCAACCGCAUGUAAAUGA